AUCAAAUGCAUCUCUUGAAGAAUUUCUUUGAUUACAUCGUAAUAGGCGGUGGUUCUGGCGGUCUUGCUUCUGCACGUCGGGCCAGUAACAUAUAUGGUGCUAAAGUAGCUCUUAUUGAAGCCCAACAAAGAUUAGGAGGAACAUGUGUCAAUGUUGGUUGCGUUCCCAAAAAAGUGAUGUGGAACGCUGCUUCCGUAGCUGAAGCUUUGCGGGAUGCUAAAGCAUAUGGUUUUGAGAGUAAUAUAAACGGCAAAUUUAAUUGGAGUUAUUUCAAAGAAAAGCGAGAUGGUUAUGUUCGUCGUCUGAACGGUAUAUACGAGAAAAAUUUAAGCAAUGAUGGAGUAGAGCACAUUCAGGGCAUGGCCUCUUUCAAAGAUAAGAAUACAGUCCAAAUCUUGGGACCAAAUGGAAAAUAUACCAAUAUACAGGCGAAGCAUAUAUUGAUAGCCACAGGAGGACAUCCUACAAUACCUAAUAUACCAGGAGCUGACUUUGGCAUCAACUCAGAUGGCUUUUUCGACCUAGAACAGCAACCUCAAAAUGCUGCUGUUAUUGGCACUGGUUAUAUCGGCAUUGAGUUGGCUGGUAUUCUGAACGCUCUGGGCACUAGAACAACUAUAUUUUCGCGUACAGAGCAUAUUCUUCGAAACUUUGAUAAUAUUAUUCGUGAAAACUUAUUGAAAGAAAUGCAGUCCGCAGGUGUCCACUUCGUCUAUAAUGCCAGCGUCAAAUCACUGAUAAGAAAACACGACCAGUCUCUUACUACUGUUCAAUAUGAAGCAGAUGGGUUAACUGGAGCGCAGCAGUUUGAUACGGUUAUUUGGGCUGUUGGCCGCUCACCAAAUAUGAAAGGGCUUCAAUUGGAAAAUGCAGCGAUUAAGACAAGUGAGAAAGGAUAUAUCCAAGUUGAUGAAUAUCAAAAUACUUCAACGGAGAAUAUAUAUGCACUGGGCGACGUUUGUGGAAAAGCAGAAUUAACGCCUGUCGCUAUUGCUGCCGGUCGUAAAUUGGCUGAUCGUCUAUUCGGCGGCAAGGAAUACCGAAAUGCAAAACUUGAUUAUAAGGAUAUACCUACAGUUGUCUUUUCGCACCCUACGGCCGGUACCAUUGGAUAUACUGAAGACCAAGCUCGCGCUAAGUUUGGAAAUGAUAAUAUUAAGGUUUACAAUAGCAAAUUCGUCAACAUGUAUUUUGCUAUGUUGGAUCACAAGGAACCCACUGCGUAUAAGCUUGUAUGCUUGGGUCCAGAAGAGAAGAUUGUUGGUGUUCAUCUUUUCGGUCGUGGCAGCGAUGAGAUUCUACAAGGUUUUGGAGUUGCUGUACGUAUGGGCGCCACAAAGGCUGAUUUUGACGCCUGUGUUGCUAUCCAUCCUACCGCUGCUGAAGAGCUUGUGACCAUGCGGUAAUACUUGGUGAUCAAAAUGAGUGUUUUAUGUGUGAUUUUCCAACUUUAAAAAAAAUGCCAAAAUGACUGACGCUGGGAACAGUGGCCUUUUGCUUAGUUGUCCCUAACUUAUUAACAGCAAUAAAUAAGAGAAUUAUUCCGAAC